AUGCAAACAACCGCUGGUGCUGUGGCGGAUUUCGGAGAACGACUGCCGAAAUUUUCGGCCCGAAGCCCGAUUAGCCUUCUGGAAGAGGCGCUGAGGAGUUGGGAAGCUGGCGAUCGGCAAACAGGUUCACAGCGCCUACGAGAAUUUUCAAUAGAGCAUUUGCGAGUGCUUCCAGCGGAAUCGCACACUGAAUGUGCGAGUUUAUUGCUUCGGUUGGCAUCGGUCGGUCGGAAUAACGAAAAUUCGGAAGCGUGUCUGAGAUUCACGUUGAAUAUCUUGCAGUCGACAUCAUCCAUUCAUGCAGUCUGGUCGCACAUCUAUGCGGUCAUCAUAGGCAAAGAUGAGAAAAACGAUUCCAAUAUACUGAAGCGUGUUCAACUUGAUACGGCAGUGUUAGCACUUUUCGAAGAGGCAGUUUCGAAUUCGGUCGUGUCUGAAUCGCAGCUUGAAAUCGCACGUCAAGUGGCGUCAAGAAGUCUGCACUCGGAUGAUUUUGAACGAAGAAUCGCUGCGAUUCACUUCUAUAUUGCAUACGCAAUUAAAGAUGAAAGUACAAAAAGUGUUGAUGAACUGUUGGCACUCGAGAAAUUAUUGUGUGAUUUGUGUGAGGAUCGAGAUUCGAGAGUUCGUUUCGCGGCCAUCAGAGGAAUUUCGAUGUUAUCCGACUCAAGGAAAUCACUGAGUUUUUACAUUUACUCAGUGGCGAAGAUGUUAUCAGAGAAUACGGAAAAAUUCGUACGAUUGGAAGCGUUGAAAAUUCUGAAGGAUUUUGCUGAUCGUCAACCAGAAACGUAA